AUGGGAAACUUUUUAACAGCACAGUUACAAUGUGAUUGUAAUCAAGCGUUGAAUCAAGCUACUAGCUGCUUAUUCGGCGAUGGAAAUUACAUUCACAUGAUGGAGGCUAACCUUGAGGCGCUGAAGAAUACUUGGCAACAACUUGUAGAAAGGCGAAAUGAUCUGUCAAGAAGAGUUGACAUAGAAGAAGGUAAAGGAUUGCAGCAGCUUGAUCAAGUUCAAGGAUGGAUUUCAAGGGUAGCAGGUAUGGAGUCCGAGGUCAGAGAUCUGCUUGAGGCUAAAUCAACUGAAACUGGAAGAUUGUGUCUUUUUGGAUAUUGUUCUAAAAAGUGCAUAUCAGGCUGCAAGUAUGGUAAAAAGGUAUGGAAGAAGUUGGAAGAAGUGAAAAAGCUUCUAUCUCAAGGAGCUUUUGAAGUGGUGGCGGAUAAAGCUCCUGUACCAAAGGUGGGGGAGAAACAUAUUCAAAAAACAGUUGGUUUGGAUUCAAUGGUUGAAAAGGCAUGGAGCAGCAUCAUGGAUUCUGAAAGAAGAAUUUUAGGUCUUUAUGGUAUGGGGGGAGUAGGCAAAACAACCCUCUUAGCUCGUAUCAACAACAAAUUCGCUGAAGUGGUGAAUGAAUUUGGUGUUGUGAUAUGGGUCGUGGUGUCUAAAGAUUUGCAAAUCGAGGGCAUUCAGGAUCAGAUUCUGGGAAGAUUACGCGACAAGGACUGGAAAGAAGAAACAGAGGAAGAGAAAGCCUCUUCCAUCAACAAUAUCCUUCGCAAAAAGAAAUUUGUGUUGUUACUAGACGAUCUAUGGAGCGAGGUUGAUCUGGACAAGAUUGGAGUUCCAUCUCCAAAAGCUGUCGAUAAUGGAUCGAAGAUAGUUUUCACGACUCGUUCAAAAGAAGUUUGCAGAGACAUGAAAGCUGACGAUGAGAUGAAGGUUGAUUGUUUGUCAUGGGAUGAAGCGUGGGAACUGUUUCAGAUUAUUGUUGGAGAAGCCACAUUGAAACGACAUGAGGAAAUUGCAGAACUUGCAAGGGAAAUUGCUAAGAAAUGUUGUGGCUUGCCACUUGCACUCAAUGUUAUUGGCAGAGCCAUGGCAUAUAAAGAAGGUGUACACGAAUGGCGUUAUGCACUUGAAGUUCUCAACUUGUCUAGCCACAAAUUUAAGGGUAUGGACGAUAAGAUACUUCCAAUUCUGAAGUUUAGUUAUGAUGAUUUAAAGGAUCAAAACGUCAGAUCGUGCUUCCUAUAUUGUUCCUUGUUCCCGGAAGAUUAUGAAAUUGAGAAAGAGCGGUUGAUAGAAUAUUGGAUAGGCGAAGGAUUUAUAAAUGGAAACAGAGGUGAAGAUGGGAGUAACAACCAAGGUCAUGCUAUAAUUGGUUCGUUAGUUCGUGCGCAUCUAUUGAUGGAUGUGGAUCCUAAAUUCUCAGCAGAGAAGGUGAAAAUGCAUGAUGUUGUACGCGAGAUGGCUCUUUGGAUAGGAAAAGAGGAAGAAAACUUGUGUGUCAAAUCUGGUGCGCAAUUACUCCAUAUUCCAAAUGACAUCAUAAACUGGGAAGUUGCGAGAAGGAUAUCGUUGAUGAGUAAUCGUAUUGAAGAGAUAUCUUGCUCUCCCGAGUGCCCCAACCUCUCGACGUUAUUACUCCGUGACAACAAGUUGAAGAUUAUUUCAGGUGAAUUCUUUCGGUUUAUGCCAUCCCUUGUCGUCUUGGAUCUUUCGGAAAAUACCAGACUUUGUGCAUUGCCGGAAGAAAUUUGCAGCUUGAGUUCCUUGGAAUAUCUCAAUUUAUCAUGGACGAGUAUAGAAUCGUUACCAGUUGGUUUGAAGGGGUUGAGGAAACUAAUAAGCUUGGACCUUGAGUAUACUGAUCUUAGAAGCAUUGAUGGGAUAGGAACAAGCUUACCAAAUCUGCAAGUGUUGAAACUAUUUUAUUCCGGUGUCUAUAUUGAUGCAGGAUUAAUGAAAGAGCUAUAACUCUUAGAGCACUUGAAUAUUUUAACAGCGAACGUAAAUGAUGCUUUGAUUUUGGAUAGUAUCCAAAAAGUGGAGCGAUUGGCGAGCAGUCUUCGAGUUUUAAACCUAGGGAAUAUGUCAGCAGAGGUUGUAGUAUUAAACACGGUAGCUCUGCGUGGUCUUCAAAGCCUUGAGAUUGGAAGCUGCAAAAUCUCAGAAAUAAAGAUAGAAUGGGAAAGCAAAGAAAGAGAAGAGAUUCUCUGUACAAGUUCUCAAGGCUUCAAGCACCUCUCCGAUGUUCGUAUAAUCGAUUUGGAAGGUCCAAAGGACUUGACGUGGCUGUUGUUCGCUCAAAAUCUCAGGGUACUACGUGUGAUGUUCUCAAAAAGCAUAGAAGAAAUAAUAAACAGGGAGAAAGGAAUGAGUAUUAGCAAUGUGCUUCCACAUCUGUCGGUUCCCUUUCGGAAGCUUAAAGUCCUUCAUCUAUCCAAUUUGUAUGAAUUAAGGAGCAUUUGCUCGAAUUCUCUGGUUCUUCCAAACCUGAGAGAAUUUGAAGUCAACGACUGUCCAAAGCUUCCCAAAGCUGCCACUGAGUUUCCUGAGACACGAGCAGCAAUAAUAACAAGAAUGGAAAUAGAUGAAGAUGAUUAGAAUGGGAGAAAGAGAGGCUCCGAAGCCGUUGCAUUGUGUGUGUGAGUGUGAUUGUAUUCUCUCAGUUCUUAAUUUGGUUUUGGGUUUUAUUUUACUGCUUUUGCUUUGUAUGAAAUUAAUUGUUUUCUAAAUUUGCAUUUCUCAAAGAGUAAUUUUGAU